UCGUUUACAUUACACUAUAAAUGAAUGUUAAUUUUUUUGAAUUGUUAAUUCUAAUUCAAUAAAUGAUCAAAGCCUUUAAUAAUUUUAGCGAGGAUUUCUAAAAUUUAUAUUUUUCUCCAUAGAUGAGACUUAGUUGUCAGUGUCAAAAAUGAUUUAUGGAUCAUAUAAAUAACUUAAUAUUAAAUAAUGAAGAUUGUGAUAAAUCUCAGAAAGAAAAAGUAAUUCCACCAUAUCCUCCCAAUACGUCUCCACUCUUGCAUCAAGUAGCAGGUCAUUUUCAUGGCAAAGGCAAAACAGGAUUAGGCCUUUUAAAACACGACCAAGGUCCGGUGUUAAAACCAUUUCAAACUUCGUCCAGAGGAGAAAACGAAAAUCAUUUUUAUGCCACCGUUUUUGACGAUAAAUCGCAUCAUGAUGAAAUAAUCCUCUCUUUAAGAAGAUUUAUCCCUCGGUAUUUUGGAGUCGAGAAAAUUGAAAUAGACAGGAUGACCGUAAACUUCAUUAAAUUGGAAGAUAUAACAACAAAUUAUGAAAAACCCUGUAUUCUAGACAUUAAAAUUGGAAAGGAAAGUUAUGAGCCUGGAGCUCCAUCACAUAAAGUAUGCUACGAAAAAUCCAAAUAUCCAUUGUUAGAAUGUAUAGGUAUUCGAAUACUGGGUAUGAGGGUAUACAAUUACAAGACAAAAACUUAUGAAUUUUAUGACAAAGAAUAUGGAAAAAGUUUAACUGAAGAUCAAAUUAUGCAAUGUCUUGAAAAAUAUGUGUCAUCGGUGGACAAUAAUCCAGACAUAAAAACACAACUCAUACAUGGCUUUUUAUCUCAAUUGGUUGAUGUCAAAGAUUGGUUUUCAAGGCAAAAUAAAUUCCGCUUUUAUGCAUCCUCCCUGCUUUUUGUUUACGAUUCUCAUGAAUGCUAUUCAAAUGGUACUCUUGACAUAGUUAAUAGAAAUGGUGAUUACCAUUCUAGCCCACAACAUAAUUUAACAAGCUAUAACCCUAAUAUCAAAUCUAAAAACAUAAAAUGUGAUAUAAAAAUGAUCGAUUUUACCCAUGUGACAUCUAUGCAUCACGAUUUCCUUGAUCAAAAAAAUAAUCUACAAAGCCAAUUCCGUGAUGAUAAUUAUUUAUUUGGUCUAAACUACUUAUUAAAAAUAUUUGAAAAUUUGCUGAUUUUAUAACUUUUGUCAAUAUGU